GGAUAGUGGGAGCCAUUGGGCAGCUGUCUGUCAGCGCGUGCGGGAAACCUCUGCUGUUUGUUAAACUUAUGCCCUUCUCCCCGAGCUGAAGUCAUAGCGGAGCCUCUUCUUUGAUUUGUUUGCGCGGAGCACCACGUGGGAUGCAAGUUCCCAGAGGCCUGGCUCGGAAAGGCCGAUGGGUCCUGAAAGCAGUCUGUGGCAGCGUGGGCCGGACAAGUGUGCCUGCAAGGAAGGGCUGCUGGACCUGAAAGUGGGACCGGGAAUUUCUCUAAAAGAGUUGUUUUGAUUUUCAUCCUGGGAGGGAACUUGUUUGUGGCCGACCACUAAGACUUGUGGGAGGCUUCAGAUGUUUUCCGGGAGCCCAGCCCAGCCAGUGGUUUGUUGGUGUGAUGCCACCCCACUUGACACUACCCUUCAGGCGUCUCAUCUGGUCCUUGGCCUCCAGCCAGCUGGUUCCCAGAAGACCCAGAGGACAUAGCCUCCUGCAUACAGCUCCAGAGGCCCGCACAGAUGGGAUUGCCCCAGUGUUCAUCCGCGCCCUGGCCUUUGGGGACAGGAUUGCCCUUAUUGACAAACAUGGCCGUCACACCUACAGGGAGCUUUAUAACCGCAGCCUUUGCCUGGCCCAGGAGAUCUGCAGGCUUCGGGGUUGUAAGGUUGGGGAUCUCCAGGAGGAGAGGGUUUCCUUCCUGUGCUCCAAUGAUGUUUCCUAUGUUGUAGCUCAGUGGGCCUCCUGGAUGAGUGGUGGUGUUGCUGUCCCACUCUACUGGAAGCACCCUGAGGCUCAGCUGGAGUAUUUCAUACAAGACUCCCGGAGCUCUGUGGUCAUGGUUGGCCAGGAGUACUUGGAGCGGCUAAGUCCAGUGGCCCAGAGGCUGGGAGUCCCUCUUCUGCCUCUCACACCUGCCAUCUACCAUGGAGCAACAGAACAGCCCAUAGAGCAGCUGCUUCAAGAGAGGGAAUGGCGUGACCAGGGUGCUAUGAUCAUCUACACCAGUGGAACCACAGGGAGGCCCAAGGGUGCACUGAGCACCCACCAUAACUUAGCAGCUGUGGUGACUGGACUGGUCCAUGCAUGGGCAUGGACAAAGAAUGAUGUGAUCCUGCAUGUCCUCCCUCUGCAUCAUGUCCAUGGCGUGGUCAACAAGCUGCUCUGUCCACUUUGGGUAGGAGCCACCUGUGUGAUGCUGCCUGAGUUCAAUGCUCAGGAGGGCAGUGUCUCCAGAGCAGCAGCUCAAGGACACUGCAUUCGAGCAGGCUGGGCUCAUGCUGUUGGUACUUCUACUCUGGGAACUGGAAGGAGUAGGUCUUGCACCUUUGUUCCUUCCAUCUUUGUUCUGGCUCUUUGGACCUUUGCCUGUCAAUGCAAGAUACCAGAACUGCUGGCCAGUCUCUGCAAGGUUUGGGAAAAGUUCUUGAGUUCGGAAGCUCCACGGAUUAAUGUAUUUAUGGCAGUGCCCACGAUCUACAGCAAACUGCUGGAUUACUAUGACCAGCAUUUCACACAGCCCCAUGUCCAGGAUUUUGUGCGUGCCGUUUGUGAAGAAAAGAUUAGGCUGAUGGUGUCAGGCUCAGCUGCCCUGCCUGUCCCCCUGCUGGAGAAGUGGAAGAACGCCACGGGCCACACACUAUUGGAGCGCUAUGGCAUGACGGAGAUUGGCAUGGCCCUUUCCAACCCCCUGACGGAGGCUCGCCGGCCAGGUUCUGUGGGGACCCCACUGCCAGGAGUGGAAGUACGCAUUGUCUCAGAAAACCCGCAGAAGGGUUCUCCCUACAUCAUCCAUGCAGAGGGAAAUGAGAGGGAAACAAAGGUGACCCCAGGGUUCGAGGAAAAGGAAGGAGAGCUGCUAGUUAGGGGACCCUCUGUGUUUCGAGAAUACUGGGAUAAGCCAGAAGAAACUAAAACUGCUUUCACUUUGGAUGGCUGGUUCAAAACAGGGGACACUGCCGUGUUCAAGGAUGAUAGGUACUGGAUCAGAGGUCGUACAUCAGUGGACAUCAUCAAGACUGGAGGCUAUAAAGUCAGCGCCCUGGAGAUUGAGCGGCACCUGCUGGCCCACCCCAGCAUCACAGAUGUGGCUGUGAUUGGAGUUCCGGAUAUGACAUGGGGCCAGCGGGUCACAGCCGUGGUGGCCCUUCAAGAAGGACACUCACUGUCCCACAGGGAUCUCAAGGAGUGGGCCAGAGGUGUCCUGGCACCCUAUGCUGUGCCCUCCGAGCUCCUGCUGGUGGAGGAGAUCCCACGGAACCAGAUGGGCAAGGUGAAUAAGAAGGAGCUACUCAGGCAGUUCUACCCCUCGUGACCAGAGGAGCCAGUGGGCCGAGGCCAGAGGAAAGCAGACAUCCCCUCAUGAUCAUGUGCUGUGGGCCUUGCAACAGGCCCAGAGACCCUUAGAUGGAAACAGCCCCCUCCCCUGCAAUCAGGUUGACCACAAUCAAAAAACACUGGGAUGAUAUCACCAAAUGAAGCUUCCCCCUACCCUAGGCUGAUUGUCCAAGCUCAGUGACCUUGACCACUGUCAGUGUCCUCGGUGGUCCUUGAGAUCACUGGAGUUUGUGUCAGUCUCACAAGCACAAUAAGGACUUGGCCAGCUCUCAGUGCCCAAGGCUGCGGACUGACUCUACUAAGGGCAGGUCCCAGAGAGUCAGAGGUGAUGCUGAGAAAAGAGAUGAAAUAAAGACUAGUGCCCUGUGCUUUCUGGU